GCGUCGCAAUCUGGUUUCACACUUGUGCAUCUUGAGCCCAAUGUCGCCUUGGGCCCUAGAUUAGGAUGAGAUAUUGUAUCACAUUGAUUGUUACGCCCGUCGGACAAUCCUGGAGUAUAUGGCUCAGUCACAACCCGCACCUAUACCCUACCACAUAUGAUUUUCUACCCACCCUUCAGCAAAGAAGAAGGCUUUACAUGUCGCCCUAGAGGAACUGACCCGAGACGUAUUCGAGUCGCCAGAGACAUCACAGCAAAUAAAACUCUUACAAGUUUUGCUGAGCCUCAAGCCCGACACUCUGCCCUGAAAUCCUUCACUCCUCGAGACUCCUCCAUCCAUCGAACUCGAAAGCUGUUCACAACGCCCCGGUCCUGCAACUUGAUAAAUACUCCUCAUCUACCACCAUGAAUCUCCCGAUCCAACAAAGCCAUUCCCACCUAUUCACACUUACCCACCAUGCGGUCCAUCUACUACUCCGCUCCCCUCCUCCCCCUCCUCCCCCUCGCCUCCGCCCGCGCCAUCCACCCCCUCGAAGCCAUCGCCAGCCUCGCGCGCCUCAAACGACAAGACAACCCCGAUCAACCCGUCGUUCCUGAAGGCGUCGAGAUAAACUUCUCGGGCUGCGACGAUAUCAAUCCCAAGACGGGCCAGAAGAAGAGCUGGGACAUUACGAAUGCAUGGGACGAGGUAAUCGAUUUGGCGAACUCGAUCACGGAGAUUGACACGAAUAGCGAUAUCGGUGCUUAUGACUACUUCGGCCCCAACAUGCAAACCGAAGGCAUCGGCUACAAAGUCCUCAGCGUGUACAACAACCUCGGCACCUUCGGCCGCAACUUCUUCUGGGGCUGGCGCGUCAACGCCUUCUGCGAGCCCGAGGACGCGAACUUGCACCGGGGGUGUCCCAAGGGCGCCAUCGCCUACGAGUGGAACACCUUGUGCAAGGACGGGCGGUGUCCGUGCGACGAGCGCAACGAGAAGGGCGAUUGCACAAAACAGGGUAAAGACGGGUUCAACAGCGAUCCGGAUAAUAGUUAUAUCAAUAUCAUGUUUUGCGAUAGUUAUUUUGGGUUUCCGAGCUUGAAGGAGGCGGUGGACGAGGGGAAGAAGAAGGGCAAGGAGGAGAAGUAUAAUAUGAAUACGUAUUGGCAUAAUCGAGGCAAGGUCCUGUUCCAUGAGCUCCUCCACGGAGCGACGGUUGGUGCGCACGCCAAUGACAAGAUACCCAUUACGGACUUGUGGAUCAAGGUUAAGCAGAAGCAGCCGGAUGGGUCGGACAAGAUUGUCGACGUGCAGGCGUAUGGGCCGCUGAACGCAAAGUUGCUGGCUCGCACGAUCCGGAAUGAGAAUUGGAAUGACUAUGUGAGGAAGAACGACGACAACUGGACUGGCUACGCUCUCGCCAAGCACAUCAACAAAAAAGUCGGCGUCUACCCCAUCCUCCCCCUCGCCGACGGCCACGUCUACACCUCCGGCCAACCCCUCCCCGAAGCCCUCUUCCUCACUACGGAAAACUCAAACGACUUCUCCAUCAACGCCGACCUCUACGCCAAAGACACGCUCUUCAAAUGGGACCCCAACACGUGGAUCUCGCAACCAGGCGAGGAGAAACUCGUCCUCGAAGGCGACAAAUUGUCCUUCCGCCCGGACAAGGACUAUCCGGAAUGGUACAUCAAGCGCUUGCAAGCCGCGCGGCAGGGUAACCUCGACGGCGAGCAGGAGCAGCCACAGGAGCCGGAGCAUCCAGACGAGCCAGAGCACCCCGACGAGCCGGCCAACAAGCACAAGACGGUGCAGGUGUUUUGGGAGGUCGAGCCCAACUGGGAGGGGCCGAAUCUCCGGACUGGCAUGCCCCCGCUCUUCAAGCCCAAGUUCUACUGGUACUUUUAUGCGGGCGAGCAAGGAAAGGGCGCCGAUCCGUGUAAUGAGGAUCCCAUCAAUGUGAAUGGCCCGCUCUAUGGGGCGCCCGAGGGCAAGGAUCCGCCGGCUGAUAUUAAUGGGGAGUGGGAUAUUGAGGUGCCGGAGUUGGGCAAGUGUAGGUUUCAGGGGAUUGGGAGGGUUGGGCCCGGUGGGGAUAAUGGAUGGUUGCAUUGUGAGGGCCGGCCGGCGAUUAUGUGUAAGCCGGAUGGGAGGAAGUUGGAUGAGUGCAAGUCGGAUACGACGGUGGUGUCGAAGUCGAUUUCGUAUUGUGAUUAUUAGAGGGUGGGUCUGGGAGGUUGGUGACGGGGAGGAGAGUGGAGUGUUGUUUCAUUGUGCGAUUUUCUGCUUGGAGUCUUUCUUGCUGCGAUAUAGAGUGGGUAAUAUCUUUAUCUGACUACGGAUUAGUUUGGC